GUCCUUUCUUCUAUCAGGGUAUUUGUGAAGGUUCUACAGGGGCUAGUAUUACUAGCGCAAAUAUUACUGGCGGUGGGUUUUCAUUCAUCAGAGCCAUUAUGGAUACUAUUUUAGAAAGCUAG